AUGAUUUUGGUUAUGCGACCUCAUGGCGAUCUUGCCUGCUGGAGGCAUAUCCUCAUUUUAUGCUGUGUCGGUGCUUUACUCGGCGCUGUAGGCGCUCGAACGUGCUGCAAGACGGACUCCGCGCGUUCGGUGCUCUGGAUGCCGGCCAUGAACACCUUUCGCCGGCUCGACGCCAACUCCGACACCAAGGCCACCUACGAUUUCUACUCCCAAAUUCUAGGCUUCACCCCGCUCGAAACCUACGACGUCGGCAACGGCACCGACGUGUGGCGGAUCCAGGCCGGCGCCUCCCAGAUCAAACUGAGCCGCCGCAACGACAACCGCACGUACGUCGAGGGUGCCGUCACCGACGCCACGGGCCUACGCCUGUGGACCUUUUUCUUCACCGACCCGGGCGCGCUUCUCCGUAAUUUCACCGACGCCGGAUUGGAGCCGCCGGCCUUUGAGGGUACUGCUCCCACAAGGCGGUGGGCUGCGGAUUUUGUGGGGUUGGAAUGGGUUGGUGAGGAGCACGAUGUGCGGUUCGACACGACGAAGCACGUCUUUCGCCACGGCGCGACUUACGUCGCCUUGAUGAGCUUCGAGAAGACGCUUCCUGCGGACACGGGCACGGGUGGGAUUCAAUACGUCGUCAGCGACGUGGAUCGCGUGCAACAGUUGGCAAAGUGCCAAGAUGUCUCCAUUAUCCAAGAGAUCGAGACCAUCCCUGGGUAUCCGGUUCGCACAGUUUGGCUCGAAGAUCCGGACGGCAUCAUCAAUUAUUUUGCAGAGACUGCUGAGUCACGGGGUGAGGAGGAAGAGGAGGAGGAUAUUGGUUGA